GGCAAAUACAUUUUUUUUUUUUUUUGUGGUUGUGACAAUGCAGUCUGAAAACGAAGAAUAUUACAAUUGCUUAUUGGAAUACAUUCGAAUGAUAUUGGAACACAAAUUUCUGAUCAAAACUUUCUAGAAAGAUAUUGCUAUCGGCCUAUUUUAGUUCACUCGCUACGACUCAAUGCAAUUAUUCAUUUUUUUUCGAACUGCUAUAGGAAAUCAAGCAAGAUAGCAGGUCGAACAUCAUUUAAGUGUUAUUUUUACUUUCGUGUUGAAAAUAGUUAUCAAAUAUUAACAAUGUCUUACAUUUAAUGCGCUCUAUACAAAGUUGAUGCGAUCGAGACCUCAGAGGCCACCAAAUCAAUGCGGCAACGGAGAACUCAUCACAAUGGACAAGUUGAUGGAACAAGAUUAGAUAACUUUAGUAUCUCUACAUUAUAAAACCAGCAAGGCGACAGAACCGAAACACGUUUUGGGUAGGCGAGGGAUAUUGUUUUAAUUCGUGAGUGUUUUGUGGUCAACGCUGCGGUAUCAAAGAAGUCUCGUGUACAUAACAAGAAGGGACAGCAAGUGAAAUGGUCGGCAACACGAUCCACUGGUUCAGGAAGGGCCUGCGGCUCCACGACAACCCCUCGCUGAAGGAGUCUAUCCGGGGAGCUGACACGCUUCGAUGUGUUUACAUCCUAGACCCCUGGUUUGCAGGGUCCUCCAACGUGGGCAUCAGCAGGUGGAGGGCCGCCUCCAGAAUGAAUCACUUGGACGGGAUUUGAUUUCCAUAAGGGGGUUCUUACUACAAUGUCUAGAGGACCUAGACGCCAGCCUCCGCAAGCUCAACUCCCGUCUGUUUGUCAUCCGGGGCCAGCCUACUGAUGUCUUCCCUAGGCUGUUCCAGGAAUGGCAGACCAGCCAGCUGUCUUAUGAGUACGACUCUGAGCCCUUCGGCAAGGAACGUGACGCCGCCAUCCAGAAGCUGGCCAGCGAGGCCGGUGUGGAGGUUACUGUUAAAGUCUCCCACACUCUCUAUGACCUGGACAAGAUCAUCGAGCUAAACGGAGGCCAGUCCCCUCUCACCUACAAGCGUUUCCAGGCACUCAUCAGUCACAUGGAUGCCGUGGAAUCACCCGCUGAGAUCAUCACUGCUGAGGUCAUGAGGAAGUGUGCCACGCCCAUCAGUGAUGACCAUGACGACAAGUUUGCCGUGCCCUCCCUGGAGGAGCUUGGCUUUGAGACCGAAGGCCUGGCUACAGCAGUAUGGCCAGGGGGAGAGACGGAGGCCCUCACUCGCCUGGAGAGGCACCUGGAGAGAAAGGCAUGGGUGGCCAACUUUGAGCGUCCCAGGAUGAACGCCAACUCCCUGCUGGCCAGCCCCACAGGCCUCAGCCCCUAUCUCCGCUUCGGCUGCCUCUCCUGUCGCCUCUUUUACUUCAAACUCACUGACCUCUACAGGAAGGUGAAGAAAAACAGCUCACCGCCCCUCUCGCUCUAUGGCCAGCUGUUGUGGCGCGAAUUCUUCUACACCACAGCCACCAACAACCCCCGCUUCGACAAAAUGGAGGGCAAUCCGGUGUGUGUGCAGAUCCCCUGGGACCGCAACCCGGAAGCGCUGGCCAAGUGGGCCGAGGGGAGGACAGGGUUCCCCUGGAUUGACGCCAUCAUGACCCAGCUGAGACAGGAGGGCUGGAUCCACCACCUGGCCAGACAUGCUGUUGCCUGCUUUCUCACUAGAGGAGACCUGUGGAUCAGCUGGGAGGAGGGCAUGAAGGUAUUUGAGGAGCUGCUCCUGGAUGCAGACUGGAGUGUGAACGCAGGCAGCUGGAUGUGGCUCUCGUGCAGCUCCUUCUUCCAGCAGUUCUUCCACUGCUACUGCCCUGUGGGCUUCGGCAGGAGGACGGACCCAAACGGAGACUACAUACGGCGCUAUCUGCCCAUACUGAAGGCCUUCCCAGCCAAGUACAUAUUCGACCCCUGGAACGCGCCCGAGAGCGUGCAGAAGGCAGCCAAGUGCGUGAUCGGCAUGCAUUACCCCAAGCCUAUGGUGCACCACACCGAGGCUAGCCGCCUCAACAUCCAGAGGAUGACGCAGAUCUACCAACAGCUCUCCUGCUACCGCGGUCUGGGGCUGCUCGCGACAGUGCCAGCUAAUCCUAACAAUGGUGGAAAUGGUGUGGGGACCUCCCCUGAAGAAAUCCAGCAUGAGGCAGUCGCUCAAGCAGGCAGAGGACAUGCUGCCGUGAAGCGUAGCAGUGAGGACCUCACACCGGGGGGUGGCAACAAGGCCCAGAGGCAGACCAGCAACUAGUCCCUGAUGUGGAAGGGUAGAGGAAAGGGGGUACCAGCUACCCUGUUGAUCUCCAGUAGGCUCCACCAGCACUUGAAGCACUGCAUCCUCCUCCCCUGACUCUUCAACUCUACAGGAGCACAUCUACCUCAGUGGUGUGAGCAGCAGUAGGAAGAGAUGGAGCAGAGGAGAGGAAAGGAGGCUGCUAACAUCCCACAUUGAACUAUGGGGAACAUCAAAUCACAUGAUCCCCAAAGAACUGAUCGCAGCAUCGCGGUCUGUGACAUUCAACCUCUAUGGAGAAUCGUAAACGCACAGUCGCACUGUUCCCAGUGUUACUAGAUAGAGGUGAUGGUGUCAGGACAGAAGCCCUUUCACGAGAUGACUCACAAUAGUCUUUAACAUGCACACCACCAAACUGUCUUUUUUGUGGUGCUGGGAAUUUAUCAUAAAAGAUGAUAUACACACAUUUGUCCUCUUUCCCCAAAAUGUCUAUGGGAAAAAUAUGUGGUCCCUUUGGGGAUAUAUGUAUGUAUAGAACAUGGAGGCACACGUUAUAUUUGCUGAAAGAACACUGGGUGGUGACUGUUUGAUCCUGAGGGCAUGUUAUGUGCAGUCCUAGGCAUGGAGAAUGGCAUCAGCCUCAAGCUGAGGAUGACUGAUGACCCAACUUGGAAUCGUCAGGUCAAAUGGUCAGGAAACACUUAUUAUUCUAUGGGGUAUAAUGCUGUCAGAAGUUCAGAAAUAUGAGUUUCCAAUAAGCAUUUUUAAGGCAGCAUAACCUCUGUAAAAACCUUUUUAAGGGAAUGAUGUAAACGUUUCUGUAUAAGCGGUAUGAGUAAUUCAACUCAAAAUGUACAGUAAAAAUGGUAUAUUGCAUGUUUUUUUUGUUUUAUUCUUUUUUCUGGUGAAGUUGUAAACCAAUUGUUAUUUUUGUAUAAAGACUGACUGUUCUGUAUAGUGCUGUAAUAAAAGGUGCAGAGUAUAA